AUGCCAUACCUGUUGAACAAUUUCAAAUCUUCUCUAGGUAGUUGUGAUAAAAAACAAGACGAAACUUUUUUCAAUCCGUUCAAUGACUUAGAAAUGGAUGAUGUAACUGUGGACUCUGAACAAAUUGAAAGACAAGAUGAAAUUGUUCUCAAUGUCUUAGAUGUGGAUGAUAUAACUGUUGACUUGGAGCAAAUUAGAAAAGAAGAUGAAACUGUUAUCAAUAUCUUAAAUGUGGAUGAUGUAGCUGUUGAUUUAGAUAAAAUUGAAAAACAAGAUGAAGCUGUGCUCAAUGACUUAGAAAUGAAUGGCGAUCCUGUUGUAUUCACUAAAAUAGAAAAACUCACUCCAGAUCUUGUAGAGUUUUUUUUCAAAAAAGGACCUUCACAGCCUAUGCCAAAGUAUCUACCGGACAAACACUUUCCAAAGGACAAGAUCAAUCGGUCUUUUCACGAAUCUUGGUAUUGGAAAGGUGAUGGAAGUGUAACGAAACGAAAAUGGUUGUCUUACUCUAUAAAAAUUGAUAAAGCAUUUUGCCAUUAUUGUGUUUUAUUUAAAACAAAACAAUCUAACUGUCAUUGGACAAAACAUGGAUUCAAUUUAUGGAAAAAUGGGCCUGCCAAAAUAAUUAUGCAUUUAUUUGAAUUGAAUUAA